AUGUCUCAAGACAAGCCUCUGCCUUUCAUUUACCAGUUCGGCGCAGGUCAGCUCCUCUUCCUCUUGCGCAACUACAAAUUGAAGCUCACCUCCACGCAGGUGCGGUCGCCGGGGUUUCUGAGGUAUCCUUUGGAUGUCGUCAAGACCAGAAUUUUCUCGCGGCUGUACCGUGGUAUCGAGGCUCCCAUCCUGAUGGAAGCCCCCAAGCGUGCAACCAAAUUCGCUGCCAACGACUCAUGGGGAAAGUUUUACCGUGAUUCAUUCGGAGUUGCCAAGAUGAACCAGUCCCUCUCGAUACUCACUGGAGCGACUGCAGGGGCAACGGAAGCGCUGGUCGUUGUCCCAUUCGAGCUCGUCAAGAUUCGUCUCCAGGAUCGUACCUCGAAAUACACAGGAAUGAUGGAUGUCGUGGUCAAGACCAUCAAACAUGAAGGUCCACUUGCUUUAUACAACGGAUUGGAGAGUACCAUGUGGAGGCACGUUUUGUGGAACGCCGGUUAUUUCGGCUGCAUUUUCCAAGUACGGGCGCUGCUUCCCAAGACAGAGAAUAAGUCUACACAAAUGGGCUUUGACCUACUCUCCGGUGCCACCGGAGGUACAAUUGGCACGAUCGUCAACACGCCUAUGGAUGUGGUCAAGUCGCGCAUCCAGAACAGCCCCAAGGUUGCUGGGUCGGUUCCAAAAUACAACUGGGCUUGGCCAGCCGUCGGCACUGUGUUUAAGGAGGAGGGAUUCGGUGCGCUGUAUAAGGGCUUCCUGCCAAAAGUUCUCAGAUUAGGGCCAGGUGGGGGCAUCUUGCUGGUUGUGUUCACGGGAGUGAUGGACUUCUUCAAAAAAAUGAAGGCUGAAGCCUGA